ACAUGAGAGUAACCCCUUAAAAAUCUUAAGAACCAAAGCAUCGGCAUCACGGUUCGAGAUACGCGGUAGCGUAUCGGCCAAGUACACGUUUCAUACGCGAAAGAUCGCCGAACGCUACCAAGUAUCUAUACACCUCACAACUUCCCCUUCCACUACCUCCAAUACCUUUUUCUCACUUAAUAACAUUAUGCGAUAAUUUAGGUGAAAACUGCCCUUAGUUACGUAAUAUAAAUCGCGUAUUAGAUUUCCAGUGAACCAAUUAUCGGUUUUAUUUAUGGAGUAUUAAGGAAAAUAUGGGCAUAGCAACGAGCUAUCACGCACAUUUCUCGAGUUUUUAUUAUGUCGAUCACUAAACGGCUACAUUGGAGCCGCUCAGUUGGCAGCGCGCAGUGUAGUGUACUAUAGUGAAAUACCUAAUCGUGAUUGGCCAUUCGCUAGUAAGACGGUGGCGAUUUUUUUUUGAGCCUAGAUAAAAGUGUACAGUGCAGUGAAGUGUUGGUGAAUGCAUCGUCUAUUGUUUUUUCAGUGCAUCAACAUGGCCGACAACAAUCUUAAUAACAUCGCACCUCUGGCAGUUAUGGAGAGUAACGACGACCUGAGAAUCCUGGGCCAGCGCAUGCCACCGUAUCCACCCUCACCUCCAGCUUGUUCACCACCACGCCAGCCUUCGCCGGGACCGGCACCAAGGGAGCAAGAGGAUCCUCCUCAACCUUCGGUAUUCGAUCCUAAUGCACUCGUCCACCACGUGGAACUCUUAGGCAGGCAGAUUGCUGAUAUGCAGGGGCAGAUGCUUCUUGAGAGGCAACCUCCUGCUCCAUUGGUUCAGGAUCCUCAGGAGCCUGCCCCAAGAGGUAGGGGCAGAGCUGCCUCUAGGGGUAGGCCCAGAGCUGGGGGAAAUCUCGGCCAGAGGAACGCUCGGUAUGGGCCUUUUUUUUUAUACUGGAGGGGACGUUAUUACCAGAAUAGGUCCCGUCAAGGAAGAGGAGCUUCCUUCAACUUUUUUUAUAGGGAUUGACGAGCAAUCUUGUUGCCUUGUACGGUCCUCAUCCGACAUACUUCUUCGAUCCCCACGGUGAGUCUAAAUUCACUUCACUCAAUGUCAAUGACUUAGUUAGCCUCACAGUAAUGACUCUUAAUAAUUUUUCUUUUUCUGUUACAGAUGUCUAUUUUUCAUUAUUGAAAAUUUAAUUUAAAAGCCAAAGUUCCAACUUAAUAGUUUAAGUUGCCUGAAUGUCGUACCUCAGGAAUAUUGUGAUAGAUAAUAUAAAGAAAAGUCUGUUAAUUAUUAUUAAAUAUAAAAUCAUCUAUGUCUACGUUAAAUAUGAGUCUAUUUAAAAUAUAAUAUAGCGUAACAUUGUUAAUGAUGCAAUAUAAUUAUAAGAAAAACUUAAACGUACGAAGGUAUUUGAAAAUGUGAAAUAUUAAGUAGACAAUAGAAAAAAAGACUGUUUAUGUAAAAUAAGAAAAGUAGGUGAUCACCGGAGACAAGAAGUUUGUGAUGAAUUUGACAAUAAAAAAAAUA